GUCUCGAAACUGUCAUUUUGAUAUGCGAUGAAGAAAAAAAACCUAGUUGAAUCGAAAGACAUUGAACUCCCAAAUUAACGAAAUUUAAGUUUCAAUACCAAGACAAAGAACAAAACAAUGCCUUUAUGAAUUUAAUAAUGGGCAGACGUCAAAACAAGAGGCAGGAACCUCAGGCUGUUCCUUUACACACACAACAACAACAACAACAGCAACAGCCGCCCCCUCACAACAAACAAACUCCGCCGCCGCCGCCUCCGCCGCCGCCCCCGCCUUGCGCCGACGACUCCUGGGAGCUGCAGUACUGCAAAUGGUGGGGGUGGAACUGGGUGAAAAAGGAACAUUCGGAAAUGAACAAGUACGUGUCGUUGCCCUGCGAAGGCCCCACCCGCGACAAUUUUCCUCCCAUCAGAUGCCCCGUGAUACCGAUGAAACGGGUGGAUAAAAACACCAAUCGUUUCAAGGAUUUUUGCAAUUGCUUGUUUUCGCCUAAUAGAAGAACCGCAGAGAGCCUGCAGAGGCUCUACAGCACUCCCUCCAACAGUCUAAUCUACGAAUCGCUCUGUUGCGGAAAUCAGGAGCGAGGUUUGGAUUCCUACACUUGCAUGGAAUUGCGCAACGAUACACGCAACAAAAGCAACAAAAACACACCGAACAAACGGAGCCAAGAGAAGAUAUGCAAGUGCGAGCAAGAGAAGAAAGAGAAAGAGAAGAAGAAGAAGUACUGCACCUGCAAAGAGUCCAACACCAGCUUGUCGAAUUGCUGCAACUGCAAGGAGAAAGAGCCGCCGAAGAAGGGUUGCAACUGCAAGGAAUCCAAAGCCAACGCGAAGAAAGCUUGCAAUUGCAAGGAGUCGAACAGCAAUAUGAAAAAGUGUUGCAAUUGCAAGGAGUCGAACAGCAAUAUGAAAAAGUGUUGUAAUUGCAAGGAUUCGAACUGCAAUCUGAAGAUGUGCUGCACUUGCAAAGAAACGACGUGUCCUAAAAAGUGCUGUUGCGGUUGUAUGGAAUCCAGUAAUGUUAACAAGAAGUGCUGCGGCUGUAGAGAGCAGAAUGUGACCAACUGCUGCAGUUGUCCCAAAAAAUCCCAAGGAGUUACGAUUACAUACGACUGUCCUUGUCAAACAAAGCCAGAAACGAAAUGUUCGCCAUGUCAAACAGUAAAAACCAAUAUGUGUGAAUGCCUUAAAAUUCCGGAGAAAUGUACUUGUUGUUGUCAUUGUAACUGUUACGAAACGAAGCCUAUUAAACAACCUAAAUGUAGACGAGAUGAAGCCUAUGAUAUGGAAGAUGAAGAAUUUACGUGCGACAUAUGCAAAGCAAGAGAGGACGACAACGAUUACUUGGCCUAUCCUUCGAGUGUAGCCGAGGAAAAGCACAAGAAAGCCGAAAAAAGCGAUAGUUCGGUAUUGCGGCGGAACAGCGUGCAGCAAUCCGCUCGAAGGAAUACUAUGUUCAGUUAUUACCUGCCUAAGUACAACAAAAUUUUGACCAAAAACCAAGAAAUCAUGGUAAAAAAAGGCAUCCAAACUCCUUGGAACUAUCCGGACCUAUUACUGCCUCCUGAAAAUUUGAUAGGAAAAUCGGAGAUGUACGAAGAGAAACAAACUAACUUCGCAUACACCCUAGGAAAUUACUGGCCGCAACCGACUGUGGAAGCCCAACACACCUGCACUCCUGGUUGCCCUUGCACGUGGUGCAAAUCCCCGCCAGUCCAAUGCCCCAACUGCGCUUGGCCGAAAGAAGCAUAUCCAAUCAAGCACACAUCAGCUCAAACUAUUCCCUAUCCCAAGAUUCCGUUCGUCAAUGAUCCGUAUAUAAAUAAACCGUCUUGUCCCUAUUGUUCUGUUCACUCCAUGUGCAAUCGAAACCCAGAUCCAUAUUCUGGAUCCAUGUCAGAUCAAGAUCUAGAUGAGUAUCGACCGCAGGUAUCGAAAACUAACAAUCCCCAGCGAAUUAGCGAAGAGUACGACGAUAAUGAUGUUGCGGAGGAUCCGUUAACCACUUGGCGCAAUCGCCCCGAAAUCCAAAACACCCUUAGGCCUAAAUCAAAAGCGCAAUUUCAACCACCACCAGAACGAAAGUCGACGACCAGCGGUAUGAUUUUCCAGCAAAGAAGGGGCGAAAACACGACGAGGAGCCGGCUUAAACAAGAGAGUACUAGAAUUUCCAAUGAACCGCUUUCUUCAAGAACUUUGGAUGCUUCUUCCAUAACGACGACAUCUUCAGUAGAGGAGGGGACCUCUCCUAAUCGUAGGAUAAAGUCCAUAAUGCGACCCUUGUAUCCGAUACAAAUGGGUGCUUUGCCCACAUCCGAAUCCCUCCUUCGUGUAUUGCAACAACCUCUGACUAAGCCUCCCGGAAUAAAAAGCUGGCCGCGCAACAAACAAAGCAAGCGUUACUAUCCCAAUCGGCUGAAUCCUUUGGAUUUGGGAAUCGACUAUUCCAAUUACAUAAACAACAUCGAAGCGAAAAUUACGAAGCAAUUAAAGUCCCGCCUUCUAUUGGAAGUUCUUUACGGGGUUCUCGAUUCGGCGAAAAACGACAUUGAAUCGAGCGACGAGCAAUCCUCAAGCAGCGAAUCCAUCGAAUCCGGCGAUGAUGAUGAUGGUAUAUUACCGCCGGGCGAGAAAAACCGAUACUUCAAAGCGAUUAAAAAGCUCCUAAGCAAAUCGAGUGAUCACAAACUGCCUACCAGAAGCCGACAGAAACGUAGAGGAUCGCCGGUCAAAACGCACCCGGUUAAAAAAUUCAAAUACAUCGACACCAACACCGAAAGCAGCGAGGAAACUUCAGUCGAUAACUUCAACAAUUUAUUCGAAAAAAUCAACAAAAUAACCAAAGAAAGCCGAUCGAACGUCGCCAAGCUCCAAGACGCCAUCAAUUCCCUGUCGCAAUCCAAAGAAGAAGCGCAUCACAGCCGCAAAAACCAGCCAUUCAAUCCGGAAUUGAUCGAUAAACUGUACGAAAUUAUAAACACGGUGGCCGACGAAGACGCCAUUCAGAAUAUCUUCGAGAUCGUGUCGAACAAAAAGGCGGAAAAGGAGAGGACGAAGAGCAAAAGGACCGUCCGCAAUUUGUUCGAGAACAACGAUUUGCCGGAAAAUUGGAGCACGUUGAGCUCCAGAUCGCUGGUCAGCAACGACAAAGAGGCCUAUUCUAAUCCCAAACCCACCGGCAGUUAUCUGCUGGAUAAAGAUUCGGCGAAGAGAUGCGUCAAAAGUUCGAAAGUUAAAUCCAAGUCGAAGAUACCGAUAAGAAAAGCGAAGCUACAAUCAGAACAAGGAACGAAUAGUAACCUUAAUGCUACCAGUGCAACAGAAAGAAUGGAUUGUCCUUGUCAAAUACAGCCGGAAACGAAAUGCAUGCCAUGUCAAACAGCCGAAUUUAAAUCCGAUAAAACUAAGGCGUCUUGUGUAUGUCCCGUCGAAUGUACUUGUUGUUGUCAUUGUACUUGUAGAGAUCCGAACGCUAAACAACGAUUUCCGGAGAAUUUUAACGGAGAAUUCACAUGUAGAAUAUGCAAAGAGAGGGAAAGCCGAAGAGCCUCAAGUUCUAUCGACGCUGGUAGAGAAUGGAGAGAUUCGAAAAGAACUGUAUUCGAAAGUACCAGACGUCCAACCAGAUAUUCAUCUGUCAGUAACGACGCCGUAGUCGCAAAAGAUACAUCCGAGAGAAAAUUGACUGGUGCUACGGUACUUACGAGGAACCCAUCGACCGCAACUAGCGCUGCCACCGACAAAGUUUUACCAGACUACCACCUCAAAGUUCCUAACAUCAAUCUACUGCUAUCGAAAUACUACUCGGACAAUCCGAAGUUCUACCAGGAGAAGUACGCCCACUACGCGUUCACCCAACAAAAUUGCACCAACUGCAAGUACUGCUCGCCGUCGGCGGCGGGUUACUCGAACCAACCGUGCUCCAUCACCAGGCGCUGCUCGGCCGGCUGCCCGUGCAAAUGGGGCCGGCCGCCGCCCGACUUGGAGAUGCGAAUCCUCCGCGCCCACUUCAACCCGCAGACCAGCUCCCAACGGUACGGUCAGUCCUCCCAAUGCAGGAACUGCCAGUGGACGAAGUCCCUUCAACCCACGGACGAGAUCGUCCAAACGCAGGACUACUUCCCGUUCGGGUACGACAUCGUGCCGAGGCACUAUUGCUGUCCGAACUGCGGUCGGCGGCCGAGCGAAGAGAAAGAAGUGGAGAAGGUGGUGGAUAAAGUGAAGAAGGAGAAGAAGAGCUCGAUUGAGCUGCCCGAGGAACAGGAUGAAGCGAUGAAGCGGAGGAAUACUAGGUUGUCGUAUCCUGCGCAUACUGAGGCGGAGCCUCGGUCUUUUUGGGAGAAUCUUUACAAGCAGAAACUGGAAAAUGAGCUGUUUUUGUCGAAUCUCCAAAGGCUCCCGAAGAAAUUCCCCGGAUUGACAGAUACUAUGAAUUUUAAUGUGGAAUUAGCUCCUGAAGUUGAUAGUUUACCUGAUCCCAUAGGAGUUGAAAAUGAAGUGAAUUAUCUAGGAAAGUUGGAGUCUAAAAUAAAGAAGCAAUUGAAUUCCCGUAUAUUAGACGAUAUUUAUAGUAAUAUUUUAUCCAAAACGAGGAAAAGGGCGGUGGACGUUGAUUUUUCUUCGUCCGGCGACUCAACGACGGAAUCCGAUGAUGAUUUAAGUUACUCGCAUGACAACAAACAUUUCCUCAAAACAGCUGAAGUUUUGAUUGAUAAGAUCCUUCGUCAAAAAACCGAUAGAGGUAAAGCAAAAAAGAAGCAAAAGCAAAAGAGUUCAUCUCGUAGGAAAAAAACCAGCAUAAAGUUGAGAAGCCGCAGCGACAGCAGCGAAGACGAGCACCUCGGCAAUUUCAACAAUUUAUUCGAUAAAAUCUACAAAGUAACCAAGAAAAGCAGCUUCAACGUUGAUAAACCCCAUGACACCGUCAAUUCGAAGGAACGGAAGAAGCACCAUCGCGAGAAAAUCAAACCCACCAAAUCGGAACUGAUAGAAAAAUUGCACGAAAUUGCCGAGAACUCGGUGAGCGUCGAAGACACCAUUCAGAACGUUUUCGAUAUUUUAAUAAGGAAAAACGACCCGAGACGCCAAAGCGACGAUUCGGAAGAUCUUUCUAGUAACUCGAGCUCUACGUCGGCGAGUUACCAUGCACCGGCCAGGAUUAACUACGAUCACGAGAACCCGAAGAAAAGUCACAAGAUGAAACUUAAAGUGGAAAAAGUCACCUGUGUUUGUACACAACCUCCUGGUGCACCCAAAAAUUGUCCUUGUCAAGUACAACCAGGAGUACUAAGCGUCCCCUGUCAAACUGUAAGAAGUUCUGUAAGCGAAUAUUUUCAGUAUCCUAAUUGUUUUCGUAACUGCAAGCAAACGAGAAACGUCCAAGUCCUACCACAAUGUAAUACUAAAUGUACAAGAAAAAAACCAGUCGUAUGUAGAAUAUGUAAGCAAAGAAGGGAAGCCGGUGAUUUCGAAAUUAGCAAAAAAAAGGAGGGAAACUACGUAAUAAAAAGAGAAAAAUCGAUUAUUUUCGGCGUUGACCAUGACGAAAUAAACGAGUUCGAAAAUCAAAAAACAUUCCGAAAUGCCGAUGAAGAUAUUAAACCAAUCGAAAGUGGAUUAAUCAAGAAAACAGUCAGGGCGAGCAGUUUUUUCGUUACAGUUCCAUUUACCAACUCGUUCGGAAAAUCGAAUUUUUACCAAGAAAAACAAGCCAACUUCGCGUUCGUCCAAAAAGGUUGCAAGUGCAAAUGGCAACAGUCGCAACGCGGCGUCGUUCCACCCUGCAUCAUUCGCCAAUGCCCCGUCGCGAUGAAUUGCUCACCGGGCUGCAUGUGCAAGCCCUUAGAUCCGCCCCACAAAUCCGUUCAGUGCAAUGGCGCCUGCAGCGCGCAAUGCAGUGCGCAAUGCAGCGCGCAAUGCAGCAAUUGCCCGUGGUUCAACGGCGUCAGGAACGACUAUCAAGACACCAGGUACGUCCAAACGGCGAUCGCAGCGCCGAUAACAAGGUACUUUUGCUGCCCGAAUUGUAGCAAAAAGUUCCACAAGCCUAAGCCAAGGUCGGAGCACUGGAGCGAGUCCGAGCUCGAGCCGGAGCCGGAGUCAUCGCAGGAAUAUCCAUGGUCGCUGUCAACUCAGACUUCCUUCCCAACGAAACUAGAACCGCAAUCAAGAAUGGAGGACGAGCCCUCAGAUCUUUCAUCCAAUAAAUCGACAACGAACAUACAAAGGCAAAAAACUCGCAUGUCUUAUCCUCUGUACGCUAGGUCGACUCCGUUUUUCGACGACCUAUACAAGAAGAAAAAUGUAGACGAACAAUCGGGCAAAGGACGUUCACAUUUCGUAGAUAAAAUCACCAAUCUUUUGAGCAAGUAUUACGCUUUAAAAUGGGAGUCGGACUUGGCUCGAAGCACCAACGAAUAUGGCAAUUCCUUCCUCUCCGAUUUCAUACAGGUCAACGAUGUAAACAGGUAUUUGAAAAGGUUGCAAGCGAAACUCGAACGAGAACGUUUAGCAACGGCUUUAGCAUCGAAAAUAAAAAAGAAAUCGUUUGUUAUCGAACCAAAAUCCAGCAGCUCAAAGGAUUCUGAAAAAGAAAUAAGACGAAAGAAAAAACGUGUACUCAAGGCGUUAUUUAAUAACGUCCUCAAUAAUAACCACCAUGAAGUAUCGUCUAGUAAAAAUGGAAAAAAACGGCACCGAAGCGAAUCGAAAACUCGAAGGGAAAACAUUAAGGAACGAAAAAACAGCGAAGAAAGCUUAGGCAGGCAAAUCGACAACUUCAACAAAAUAUUCGAAAAGAUCAACAAAAUAACCAAGGAAAGCAGGUUUAACGUUAAGAAACUUCAAAACGUCAUCAACUCGCAAGAGCAAUCGAAGCUCGAGCGCCACAAAACCCAAUAUCCCAAAUCGGAAAAUAUUCGCAGAUCCGCCGUGAAAAUCAAGGAAAACGACGCUUUUCUCGACAUAUUCAAAGCCAUUAAGCGCAGAAAGGAAAGUUCUGGUAAAAACAACGAAUGGAGCGAUUCGAGUUCUUCGUCCACGCAAGAGAUUUUGAAGCCCAGCAGGAACAAACAGGCCUCGAAAAAGGAACGAAAGAAGCCCAAACCGAAUCUGAAAAUCAAAGCGAUAGUGAUCCCGAAAUCCAAAAAUCCAACGAGAAGGAGAAAACUAUCAAACUUAUUAAUCGCGCUAACGCUACUAGCAUCGAUCGAGCACUCGAAAGAAUCCUGCGAGAUGCUGAAGAAGACCGUCACCCUGUACUACAAGAUAGAGCGAGUGCUCUACCUCUACGUCAAGUGCACGAAUUUAAUGCCGAACAGUUUCGUCUACGCCGUGAGCUCGACCGUGAACGCCUCCAGCCCCUACCUGAACGUCUCCGACAGCUACUUGCCGGAGCUGACGAACGAGAUGUUUUGGUAUUUGAAUCUGACGCAGCUGAGCAUCACGGGGAACGUCCAGGUGAUACGGGAAAAGUCCUUCCAGCGGUGUAACAUCACCACGAUCACGCUGAGCGGCAACAAAAUCAGGCGGAUCGACGACGACGCUUUCAAAUCAUUCUCGAUCUACUUCAUCGAUCUGGGAAAUAAUUUGUUGGGCGAGAUCGGGGCGAGGAGUUUCGAGGGCGCGCAGAAUUUGAGGAGGCUCAAUUUGGAGAACAACCGGAUUAGUAGCAUACAAACGGGGGCGUUUAACGAUUUGGGCGGUUUGGAGGAAAUUAAUCUGUCUUCUAAUCGCCUGAAUUCGAUCAAUUCGAAGACGUUUUGGCCGCUCUUUAAAAUACAACUCAUCGAUUUGAGUAAUAAUUUAUUAGAAGAAAUCGAAACUGACACGUUCGAGAAAAAUACCGCGCUGGAAAAUUUGAAUAUUAAAAGUAACAAAUUGAGUUCCUUGGACGUCACCAAGUUCCCGGAAUCGCUGAAAGUCUUGAACGUUGAACAAAACAACUUGAAUUCCAUAAACGCAUCGAAUUUGACCAAGCUUCAAAAAUUAGUAUUGGAUUCCAACAGGCUCAAAAACGUGAAAAACUCAUUGAACAAUUUACCAGCGUUGAAUUCACUGCAUUUGAACAACAAUUUAAUGGGCCCGACUAUAACCGACGACGCCUUUCCAGUUUUAACGAACCUUUCGAUUUUAGAAUUGGAUAAUAACAAAAUAACUAGUUUGAAAAGUUUAGAAAAAAUCACAGCUCUAGAAGGAAUAUCGCUGGCCGACAACAACCUAAAAUUCGUGGAUUUUUCCAAUUUCCCAUCGAACAUCCACCUAAUAAACCUAACUUUCAACUCGAUAACUAAUAUAUCAAACGUUUCCAUCUUAAAGAACCUCACUAAACUCGAAUUGAGCCACAAUCAACUGAAAGAAAUCGACUACAGCAUGUUCAUCGAUUUGUUCUACUUGCACAGCCUCUGGCUGCACCACAACCAAAUCGACAAGCUCUCCCUGGGCUGCUUCAGACACCUGAAAUCCUUAGAGCGGCUCGAUUUGAGCUUCAACCGCAUAUCCAGCGUCACAACGGGCACUCUCAACGGCCUCGACACCGUCUCCGAGUUGUACCUGAACCACAACAACUUGACGUACUUGAGCGAGGAUAUAUUCCAUAACAUGAAGGAUCUGAGGAUCCUGGGCAUAGCAUACAACAAUUUGAGCAACAUCAACGUUAAAGGCAUCCUCACGCAUACGAUUUGGCUGAAGGAAAUCGACUUGCAAGGCAACAAUUGGACCUGCAAGUUGCUCAGCAACAUCAGCAGGGAUAAUAAGCUAUUAACCAUUAAAACCGGGUUGUAUUACAACGUUAGUAACAUAUACGGAAUUCCUUGCACGGAAACCAAGGAUGUUAAGGAGAGGAUUGAUCGGAUGAACGGCGAUGAGUAUUUGAGUAGUUUGAAUAAUAUAGCGAAUUUUACCUACGAUAUAUCUGUUAAAUUGAGCGUUAUAUUGACUUUGUUAAUACUGUAUUUUGCAUUUACUGUUGGUAAAUAUCUAUUGUCCAGGUACACUACAAAAACUAAGGCUGCGAAACAGUUCGUGUAUCAGAAAUCCCAAAGCGAACCCGAAAUACAUCUUAUUUAA